AUGACAAAAGCCAUGGGCGACUUUGCACUCAAGCUUGAACCCAGUGAACGAAUAACUUACGUAGGGAAAAAACUUGGAGAGGAACCCUGUCCAACAACUCUCAAAAUUACCAACCCGACAUCGGUUGCCUCACUUUUCCAACCACUUCACUGUUUUCUUUUUUUGCACUGCCCUUUCAAGACCUCUACUUACUUGAUAUCACUGAGCCCUCUCUUAAUCGCUUCCUUAGAAUUCUCGUGCGCAAUAUUGUUAGAUCUUGAUAGACAGGCCUGUAAGGUAAAAUGCACCUCAAACGAAAUGUUUCGAAUCCGUCCUCCUGUCUUUGCUUUAAAGCCCGGUGAAGAGAUGACCGUAAAGUUAACUUUUAAUGCGGGGAAGACAGUCCCCGACAGUGGCAAGCACUAUUUCGCUGUAUAUUACAUAAAGGCAACUGAUGAGAACAAGGCACCGCGGGCAUGCUGGGCUGACCACAAAGGAGAUCCAAAUGGAACAAAAAGAUUGUACGUAGAUUUUAAAAAAGAAGAUGGUGAGGAUAAAAAAGAGGAAGUGGAGAAAAAGGAUGACGAAAAGAAAGAGGGCGAAGAUAAAAAGGAUGAUAAGAAAGAGGGGGGUGAGGAGAAAAAAGAUGACGAGAAGAAAGAUGAAAAGGGAGAGGAAAAGAAGGACGAGAAAAAAGAUGACGAAAAGGUUGGCCGAUUUGGUUGGUUGAAAGAGGAUAAAAAGGAUGAGGAGAAGAAGGACGAUGAGAAGGAAGAUAAGAAGGAAGAUGAGAAGAAAGAAGAUAAAAAAUGA